AUGACAGUCACUCUUCACCUCGACCUUGUUUCGUCCGACUCUUCUACCAGACGUAGUCUCUCAAAUCUUUCAUUGGCGGUGGCCAAAUGUAAAAAGAUAGUCGUCGUAACAGGGGCUGGCAUAUCUUGCUCGUGUGGUAUUCCGGACUUUCGUUCUAGCGACGGUCUCUAUGCGCUAGUGAAGCAGCAAUACCCAGAUGUCAUACUCAAGGGGCGCGAUCUGUUCGACGCGUCGCUGUUUCGAGAUCCAACGUCGACAGCCGUCUUCUAUACUUUCAUUUCUCAAUUGAAGAGAUCCGUCGACUCGGCGUCACCAUCUCCCACUCACCGCUUCAUCAAAACGCUCGAUUCAAAGCGCAAGCUAUUGCGGUCCUACACUCAGAAUAUUGAUGCGCUAGAGGAGAAGGCCGGCCUCGUAGGUAGUUCAAGCCAGGACGUGAAGGCUGCAGGGAAGGGCAAGGCGAAGAUCAAAGUGAAGGCUGUCCGGAACGUGCAGCUCCACGGCGAUAUUCAUCGCGUGCGAUGCAACUUCUGCUCCGCCGAGCUUCCCUGCGCAGAAGAGUACUUGGAUCUAUUCGACACUGGCGUGCCACCAGACUGCCCGGAGUGCACCUCACGAUCGAACAACCGUGUCGCACGCUCAGCACGUGCCUUGAAGAUAGGGAAGCUCAGACCAGCCAUUGUGCUCUACGAUGAGCCGCACCCUCUGGGAGACGACAUCGGCAGCAUGCAGUCCGCUGACAUCACGCGCAAACCGGACAUGCUCAUCAUCAUGGGGACAUCACUCAAGGUGCACGGCUUCAAAAAGCUUGUCAAGGACUUCGCACGGGCUGUCCAUGAUUCCGCACCCUCAUCUUCGUCAUCGUCUCCCCAGAAUGCGAAGAGCAUGGCCGGGAAGGUCAUCUUCGUGAACAAGACCGCGCCGGGGAGCGAGUGGAAUGGGAUCAUUGACUAUCAUGUAGAGGGUGAGGCAGAUCGAUGGGUGAACAAGGUCGUUGAAGACUGGAAGAAGAUGAGGCCCUCGGACUGGGAGAUCCAGAAAACGCUUGUUGCCACAGAAGAGGUGGAUGGUGGUCUGCUCACGGUGACGAAGGAGAUCACGAAUACGCUUGCAACCAAGGGCAAAGGUGGAAGGGGCAAGCAGCUUGCAGAAUGGGAGAACGUCCCUCCAAUGGAAGACGCGGCGGCAGCGCCUUCGCUGCCACAACCUCCUUCAUCACCAGGCAAGCGCCGGCAGGACGGCUGCCACUAUUCCGUGGAAAGCAGCCCAUCGAAGAAGCGAGUUGCAGGUGACCGAUUCGAGAAGGCUGGCUUGGAGGAACGGGGCCUAUUAUUCGUCGAUAGCACGAACAACCGGCACUCCGCGAAGGACAGCGACGACGAGCCCUUUGACAUGGGCGAGACGCCCAUGAAGCCGACUGCAGCAAAGCGCACGAAGGCGCGUGCCCCGAAGAUGAAGGCUGAGGUCGUGCUGCCUGCGAGGAAGGCGAAGAGGGCAGUGCCUGCUCGGUAA